CUCAUUCCACCAUCGUGUCCCGUCAAAGUUCCUUUUAAGCUCAAUCCAAAAGAAAAAGAUGAGGGCUUUCUCUUGACAGUUCCAGGGUUUUAGGGUUUAAGAAAGAAAAAGACUUUCUUUCCAUGUAUGGAUGCUUAAUUCCUCCAACCAUGUCCUCCUCCUCCUCCAAAUUCCCCUCAAUCCCCACAAACUUCCCCAUAACUUUCAGACUAUCCUCGUCACCGAACACCCCCACAAACCUAUCACCCCAUCUCCCCAACCCCUCAAACCCCACUCUUACUCUCAGACUCCACCUCACCGACAAACCCAAGAUCCAAUUUUUCCAGAAACCCUCCAAAACCCACCAAAAUUUCCACUGCCCCCUGUUUUCCGCGCCGCCCAACAGCUCUGUGCUGCCGCCGGACCACCAACCGGAGCAAAUAAAAACUGCCCAAGAAGCCCUUUUGGAGCUUCUUCAAGAAUUUAGGGCUUCUGAGGCGGAAGCCGCCUUUGUUUCAUCGAAUUCGCCGAGGUAUUUCCGGAUGUUGGUUGAUGAUGGGGUUGUGGAGUUGGAUGAGCUGGGGAUGUGGGGAGAGUGGGAGAAGGAGGGGAGAGAAUUGGGGGCGUUCAAAGGGAAGGUGAGGUAUUUGGCUAUAGAGAAAGGUGACAAUGGAAAGGUUGCGUUUUUGGAGGGUGUGGUCGGGUUGAAUCUGUCUUCGGCUAUGAAUGUUGCCAGGCAUUUAUCUGCAGAGACGCUUCCGGGGCUCGGCUCAUUGAGAAGGUUAAACUAUGUGAAGAAAAUAUUCUUUUCUGACAGUAGUGAUGGUGGGUUCACUGGGAAAAAUGCUCGUCGUAUGAUGAUGCACUUAUCAAUUCCUAUUGAUGAUGACUUGCAACAAACCCUAUCCUUUUUUUUAAAAGGUCUGAUUGUAGCAAGGUGUAGAGGUCUGGAUAUGUUGGGCUCUGGAGAUGCUGCUGUCCGUUGCUUAAUUGAAUCCUUUCCACGUCUUCUUUUUUUUUCUUUUUUUUUUCGGUGAACCUUUCCACGUCUUCUUUUGCUGUCCUUGGAUCCUCAAGUGAGACCUAUUGUGGAAUAUCUUGAAAAUAUUGGAGUCCCUAGAGAAGUAAUGAGAAACAUAUUUCUGUUAUUUCCACCUGUUAUUUUUUGCAACAUUAAAGUCAUCAAAACGAGAGUGCUUGCUUUUAAAGAGGUACCAAAAUUGAGUGUUGGCCGUGCAAUCAGAAGCUGGCCUCAUAUUUUGGGUUGCUCAACCAGCAUGCUAAAAUUGAUGGUCGAAGAAAUUGGUGAAUUGGGUAUUAGAAACAAGAAGUUGGGUCAGGUUAUCUGUAGAAGUCCUUAGAUAUACACGGAACCUCAAGAAUUUCUUCAGGUAGUUUCAUUCGUGGAAGGUCUAGAAUUUGAUAAAGAAAUAGUUGGGAGCAUAAUGGGGCGUUGUCCCAAAAUAUUUGCUGCCAGCAUUGGCAAAACUCUCAAGGUGAAGCUGGAAUUUCUUGCUAGCAUUGGUGUUUCCGAACCCCACCUUCCUCAGGUUAUCAAAAAGUAUCCAGAGCUUCUCGUCUCUGACACUGAUAGAACUUUACUUCCUCGGAUGAAAUAUUUAAUGAAGAAAGGGCUGUCGUGGAGGGGUAUUGCAUUCAUGGUCCGCAAAUUUUCUCCUUUACUCGGGUAUAGCAUUGAAGAUGUUUUGAGUCCGAAGCUUGAAUUCCUCGUGAACACAAUGGAGAAACCAGUGACGGAUUUGGUGGAGUAUCCAAACUUCAGUUAUUCAUUGGAAAAGAGGAUAAAACCUAGAUACUGGGUGCUAAAGGGGAGAAAUAUCGAGUUUAGCUUACGAGAUAUGUUGGCUAGAAACGAUGAAGAAUUUGCUGAAGUGUAUAUGGGUGUUGGUAGCUUACGAGAUAUGUUGGCUAGACAAUAAUGCAGUGAGAGGAGCCUAUCUUCUGUUUUGACAAAGCUAUACUCUAAUCUACAGGAACAAGGACUCAAACUUGAGCGCAAGCAGGUCGGCACAGUCUUGACCAACUGACCUUAACUCUGAUUAGCGAGGAUGAUCUGUUCUUAGUUUGUAAACAAUAAACCACAAAUUGUCACAGUUUUGUAACAUUUUAUUGUAAUGUUCAAUGUAUAGUAAACUCCCUUUUCAUUAA